CCACUUAACUAAAGCUUGCAACAACGAAACGUUGAAGUUUGUAUCAAGGUCAAUAGAGAACAUGAAAAUCCUCUUGGCCCUGAUCGUUUUUUCCCUGUAUACUCUGCGCGCCCAAGGUCAGAACCAAUUUGCGACAUGCAGCCGAAAAUGGAGUAAAAUCGGAUGCUUUAGGGACAAAAUUAACCCUACGCGACCCCUCCCUGAGAUGCUUCUGAACGACAGGGACAGACGCAGCAAGUAUCAUCAACCGGGCUACCGGCUACACUGGGGCAAAUGGAAAGAAUCUAUCCAUAGUCUGGCAUGCCGAUGCGCAGAAAAAGCUAAACAGAAAGGAUACACAGUGUUUGGUCUGCAGUUUUAUGGCGAGUGUUGGAGCGGCCUUUCUGCGGAGCUCAACUUCAACCGCGAUGGCCAGAGUGAUGACUGCAUAAUGAAUCUUUACGAUCCUGUUGACUGCUAUCAAAACUCAUCACAAGAAUGUGUAGGAAAGCAAAAAACCAACUACAUCUAUAGACUGACAGACAACCCAGGCCCUCAAUCCCCUGAUGUUGAUGGGGGCUUCACCGAGUGGUCCAGUUGGACUGAAUGCAGCAAGACAUGUGGUGGGGGAGAAAAGGUUCGUGAGAGAGAAUGCACCAAUCCCGAACCAAAAGGAAAUGGACAGCCGUGUGUCGGUGACUCUGAGGAAGCCGAGGUCUGCAACAGCCAGGAAUGCAGCUAUUGUGAUAAGAAAAUGGAUGUUGGCAUUAUAAUCGAUUCGUCUAGUAGUGUGCGUCGUCUGAAUUUCGAGAAAGUAAAGGCGUUUUUGGUCCAGCUUGUUGACAAAUUGGACGUGGAUCCGAGCAUGACUCAUGUAGGUGUCAUCCACUAUAACCACAGAUCAUUCCUGGACUGGGGAUUAAAUUCUGAAAUAGCGCAGAACUCUGCUCUUCUAGAACAAGCCUUAAUGAAGCUGGGGUACAAACCAGGAGGGACUAGGACUGACAGAGCCAUACUGAAAGCAACAAACGAACUUAUGAAAGAUUCGGAAGGCAUGAGGCCCGGUAUACCUCAUGUAAUUUUGGUCCUCACCGAUGGAAAGACAAGCUCGAGAUCCAUACCGUAUCCGAAAGCCCUCGAGAAAGCGAAGAAAUUAGGUAUUAAGGUGAUCGCCAUUGGGGUUGGUCGUGCUGUGGACGAAAACGAAUUAACACAGAUUGCAAUGGGCAAAAGUGAAAAUGUCCUUAAAGUAAACGACUUCGACGACCUUGUGACUAAGAUCAAAAGUAUCGUCAAGAGCUUCUGUGACGCAAGAAAAAUUCAGUAACACAAGUUGCAGGUUAUACAGAAGUAACAUAUGAAGAAACAUAGCGGUGUCACAUUAUAUUCCAUGGUUAAAAAGCUAAGCUUUAGAUUCAUGUGAAUUAGUGCGGUAUUGUCAGAAAACAAUAAAAUUCUGUGACAAAGAG